ACUCAACUCAGCUGUUGUCAACUAUCGAUAGUACUUGAUAACUUGAAUCACACUACUUUUGCACAAUAUGUCAGCCGACGCGUUACCGAAACCGGUCGUCUACUGCGGAGUGUGCAGUCUACCACCUGAAUACUGCGAGUUUGGUGGCACGACCAAGAAGUGUGAGGAAUGGCUGGCAGAGGCGCAUCCAGAUCUGCACGCGAAGCUGUAUUCAGCAGAAGCGCUACAGCAGAACAUGGCCUCGCUCUCCGUCGACGCCCAAAAACGCGCCGAGAAAGACGCACAGAAGAAAGCGGCCAAAGCCGCAACCGCCGAAGCACGAGCAGCUGAGACACGCGCCUCCUCCAAGAUCCUCAUCAAACGCAUAGAACGUAACAAGCGCAAAUACGUCACCGCCGUACAGGGUUUGGAAGCCUUCGGUCUCGACAUUAAGAAGGUUGCCAAGGACUUUGGCAAGAAGUUCGCUACGGGAUCAAGUGUGACCAAAAUCCCGGGUGGGGGCGAGGAAAUCACUGUGCAAGGUGAUCUCAGCGACGAUAUCUUGGAGUUCAUGGUGGAGAAGUACGAGGUACCUGAGGAUAACUGCGAGUUGGUAGAGGACAAGAAGAAGAAGAAGGCCGAGGGAGGUUGAACGGCUUGAAGGAGCGUAGCAGGUGUGAAGAGACGCGAUAUCAAAACAUUGCGAAAGCCUAUGGAGCGUGAGGUGUGUAUCAGUAUAAGCGUAGGAGUUGUUUGCGACCAGUGCGCGAGCUGAAGAUGAAGGAGCAUUCGACGCGUCUCUCUUCUAGGAUGCGCAGAGCCUCGUGUUUCCCCAUUUUAUAGAAAGCCUCAUUAGUGCACAACGAGUCCAUGAUGUUGAAAUACACGAGAUUGAAGAUUCGGACCUACCAAAACAAUACC